AUGGCACCAAGAGGCAACAGUUACCUGCAAAUUGCCCUGUGCUGUCUGUCCCGAUGGCUGGUCGGAUGCGGGGAUGUGGGUGCCCUGGCUGAGUCUGGGGAGGACCUCGGCCUCCGCCUGACCCCUCGGGCUGCCCUGGGACACACUGGGGCCUGCCCGUGGUCUGUAGCCUUGCCGCCUUGCCUGCGCUCCCCGGAGGAGCUGGCUCUGAGGUGGGCUCACGGGCCGGGAGGCCACGGAGACGCUGCUCCCUCUGCCCAGGGCCACCAGCUGCCGGGCCCCCAGGAAGCCUCCAGAGGGCGCCCUCGACUGGCCAGCUCAGCCUCAGCCUCAGCCUCCUGGGACCCUCCCUGGUGGCUGGGGCUCCUCCAGACAGGCCCUGAGAGUAAAAUGCUGCCAGCUGCCCCUGUCCCCCGGCCUCCGGAGGUGAGCAGGGUUCCUGUCGCUUCCCUGUGGGUCCUUGAGCUGAGGGGUCCCUGGGGCUCGGCAGACACCGAGGCACGUCUGCUGACCCUCCCCCAGCCAGACACCUGCCAGGUGUGGUUUAGCACCAACCAUCAGACGAUGGAGACCCUUCCUGGGGCAUUUGGGACCUACUUCUGUUCCCAGGAGGCGCCCUCCCAGCCAGGCCUGUGGGACCCUGAGUCAUGGCUGGCCUUUCUGCACUCUGGUCAGGCCAGAUUCCUUCAGCUUGAAGUCAUCAGCAGAGAGCAGGGCCUCGAGGGUCCUGUCCUGGAGUCCCAGGACUGGGAGCCCCUGGGGGCUCUUGACCACCUGGAAGAGGGGCGCUCUGGGAAGGAGGGCAGGUUGAAGGACCCAGUGGGGCAGGGCCUCCUUUUGCUGGGGGACUGUGGAGGAGAGCAGUGUCCCCGGAGCGGGCCUGGCAUGCGGCCAGCACCAGCUUCCAGUCAGAGAAAGCCACAGGAGAAAAGGAAGAAGUCCCCUGAGGAGCAGCCAGGCAUCAAAAAGGGUAGAAGCUCCGAGAGGCUGGAGCGGCAUCUGAGGCUCAGGCCGCUGCUGGGCGGGGUCCUACUGAGUCUUCUCAAAGCAGCAGAGUUGGGAGAAGGGCAGGGCCUAGGGAAACCUGGUGCGGAGGAGGGGACAGGCGCUGUCCAGGUGUCCCCUGCCCCCCCCCCGGUGUCCCCUGGCCCCCCCAGUGUCCCCUGGCCCCCCAGUGGCAGCAUCUCCGUCCUGCUGGCAACCCCUCUGGCUCCGCCACAGCUCCUCGUAGGGCUGGCACUGGGCAGAAGGCACAGGCAGUAUCCGAGCUCGGGGAAGGCUCUCUGCCUUCAGUGCCUGCAGGGCCGAGAGAAGCAGGUCUACAGCGGGGCUCAGAGGAGGCAGAGCCUGGGGGUGAUUCUGGGGCAGGGGCUGGCUGUGACUGGAUAUGUGUGCACCUGCUCCUCUCCCCUGCACCUGUCCGUGGUCUCCUGCCAUGUCCGUGGUGCCCGUGCCCGGGGCGGGAGGGUAGGGAUGAGGCUGGACACCUCCAAGGCGCUGCUGCCUGUGUACCCGGCUUUCCUGGCAUCUCCAGCCAGUCCCCAGUCCUCCUACCUCAGCACCAUGAAUGAAUCCUGCAACCACAGCCACUCGGCCUGGCCGCCCUGGGUCAGCCCCUUGACCUUGGCCUACACCAGCACGCUGCUGCUGCUGGGCCUGGUGCUGAACAGCCUGGCUCUCUGGGUGCUGUGCUGCCGCUUGCCGCGAUGGACAGAGACACGCGUCUACAUGGUCAACCUGGCGGCCGCUGACCUGUGCUUGCUCUGUGCCUUGCCCUUCCUGCUGCACAGCCUGCGGCAUCGGGACUCAGACAUGCUGCUGUGCGACCUCUCCCAGAGCAUCUACCUGCUCAACAGGUACAUGAGCAUCAGCCUGAUUAUGGCCAUUGCCGUGGACCGCUACCUAGCUGUGCGGCACCCGCUGUGGGCCCGGGGGCUCCGCUCACCACGCCAGGCAGUAGCUGUGUGCGCAGUGCUCUGGCUGGUGGUGGGCGGCUCCCUGGCAGCCCGCUGGGCCCUGGACGUGCAGGAGGGUGGCUUCUGCUUCACCACCCACACCCGGCAGCACACCACCAUGGUCUUCUCGCUGCUCGGCUUCUACCUGCCGCUCGCCGUGCUGGUCUUCUGCACCCUGCAGGUGGUGGCCGGCCUGGCCCGGAGGCCAGUGGCUGACUCAGCCGAGGUGGAGGCCACCCAGAAGGCCACCCGCAUGGUCUGGGCGAACCUGGCCGUGUUCGUCGUCUGCUUCCUGCCACUGCAUGUGGUGCUGACGGUCUUCUUUGCCGUGGUCUUGCAGAGCUGUGCCUGGAAGCACAUGCUCACCUUCUCCCUGCAUCUCACCGCUAGGCUCUCAGAUGCCAACUGUUGCCUGGAUGCCAUCUGCUACUACUACAUGGCCAAGGAGUUCCAGGAGGCCCGUGCCGUGGCCCCCAGGCUCAAGGCCCCUAAAAACCAGGACUCCGUGUGUAUGACCCUCAGCUAG